AUGCAAUUAAAUCGUAUUAUUGGUCGCUUAUUGGGUGUCUGGCCGUCCAUGGAUACCAAGUCAUCAAAUUUCAAAAAUCUCAGCAGGAUCUUGCACAUCCUGACCUGCUAUUUUCUCCUUGCCUGCGAGUUAAUUCCAACUAUCCUGUACGUGAUUGUCAUCGAAAAACGUCCUUCUGUCAAAUUAAAACUCGCAUCGUCCGCAAUGUUUACGACAACAGCGGUGCUCAAGUAUAGCAUCCUGGUAUUUACUCAAAACCAAAUAAGAAACUGUUUGAUGCGAGUGAGAGACGAUUGGCAAAACGUCGCAAGCCCCCGUGCUCGUCAAUUUAUGAUUGACAAAGUCAGGACCGCGAGACGUUUGAUUCUCUUAUGCGGUUUAUUUAUGUACUCUGCCGGCUUGUACUUUCGUACGUUCGUGCCAUUGACGAAGGGAAAGUCCAUUAACGAUCGGAACAUUACGAUCAGAUUCUUGCCCUGUCCGAGCUACUUCAUUUACUUCGACGGACAGAUCAGUCCUGCCUACGAAAUUAUGUUCACUAUGCAGUUUCUUUCCGGAUUUAUUAAAUACACUAUCACAGUGACCAUCUGCAGUCUCGCCGCACUUUUUGCUAUGCAUCUAUGCGCGCAAUUGGAAAUAUUAAUGUCGUUAAUAAACGAUUAUGUAAACGAAUCCGAUGAAAAGAAGCUAACUAAAAGACUAGCCACGGCUGUGAAAUACCAAACCGAUAUGCGAACUUUCUUUCAAUUGGUGCAGAAUACUCUAGGAAACACGAACCUGUUAGAAGUGAUGGGAUGUACGUUGCUAGUAUGUCUUCUAGGACAUAAUAUUAUUACGGAGUGGGAAGAUCAAGAUGUUAUAGCUCUGUUUUUAUAUCUUGUUUUAUUGACGUCAAUUGGAUUCAACAUUUUCAUUUUUUGUUUUAUCGGUGAACAACUCUCUGAAGAGGGAGAAAAAUUAUCAUUAACAGUGUGUACAUUGGCUUGGUAUCGCCUUCCGGACAUGAAUAAAGCACGAUCACUGGUUUUAAUUAUAGCUAUGUCAAAUAUCCCAACUAAACUUAAAGCCGGAAAAUUUAUCGAUCUUUCUAUCAAAACGUUUGGUGAUGUUGUUAAAACGGCUGUUACAUACUUGAACAUUAUUCGAAGAGUAAUGGAAUAAGUAAUUCAUGUCAUAUUUCUACAUGAUUAUGUGUACAAGAUAUGUGUAUGCAUAUUUCUUUUUAA